CAUAUCUUUGAUAUUUGUUUCUUCUUUCUUCGUUGAUGUUUUUUAAGAGUUUUGCAAUGCCCAUCUCUUCCCUUCAAAACAUGGACUAUCUCUCUAGUUCCGGAUCUUGGGAUGUUCAGUUCCUGUGGCCUUGGAGGACUCUCUGUAUAAGUGUUUUUCCUUGUCUAUAUUCCUUGUAAGCGUGCUUCAGUGAUCAUGGGAAGAAUAUCUGAGAACAAAAUCUGUUUACAUCUCCUGUUUCCUCGUAUUAUGUUAAUGUACAUAUUGCAGGUCUUGACCACGUGAGCUGCCGAGGCACACGUGUCUUGAGAGAGGACAUAAAUUAUAAUAACCAUUUGAGUUCAUGUCGUUAUGCGUAAAGAGGUUUUAAAUUCAUUCGUAUUUGUUGGAGUUCUACGUGUUGUAAAUAAUACAAGGCAGCUUGAAAAUUCCCAGCCUCAAACUAAAGCCCCAAUCCCUAAAUCCUUUCUCGCUCCUCCCCAGCCAGCCAUGGUGAAAACCCUAGACAAAUCUCGGAAGCGCAAGCGCACCAAGCCCAAAUCCAAGAAAAUCGAUAAGAAGAACAUAUCGAAACCCGAAUCCUCGGCGUCACAUCCCUACUCUAGUGCCGACGACAAAGAUUCCGACUCGGAGUCUGGAUUCGACCCGGCGGAGCUCCGGGAGCUUCUGCAACCCUAUUCCAAGGAACAGCUUGUCGACCUCGUUUGCUCCGCCGCGGAGAAGCAACCCUCGAUCUUCUCCGCCAUCCUGGACGUUGCCGACUGCGAUGUCACCCACCGAAAAAUCUUUGUCUACGGUCUCCCGUGGGAGACCACGCGCCAGUGUCUACUGGAUGUCUUUGAGAGAUACGGAGAGAUCGAGGAGUGCAACGUCGUUAUGGAUAAGGCCACAGGGAAGGCCAAAGGGUUCGCAUUCGUUCUGUUCAAAUCGAGUAAAGGCGCGAAAUUGGCGCUGAAGGAACCGAAGAAGAAGAUCCUUAACCGGACAGCGACGUGCCAACUGGCAUCGAUGGGGCCGGCGGCCGCAACCAAGGGGCAGGAGCAAACGGGACCGGUGAAGAUUAACCUGGUUCAGCAGCAGCAGCCACCUCAGGGACAACAGGUAUUGUGCGGUGGUGUCGCCGUGGUGCCGUCUUUGCUAGGACAGCAUCCAGGUCUGAACCUGGUUUACGGGUCUGGAUUAUUGGGUGACCAGGCUCUAGGAGCCUCAGGAGGAUAUAUGUAUCCGGUGUUGGCAGGUGCACUUAGCCAUGGUGCGUUUGACAACGGUGGGUUCGGUUCUGGCUUUGUGAGUGGCGGGUUGGACCGGUUGGUGCAAACGAGCUCUGGUGGAGUUGGAGGACCAGGUGGUGGAGCUGGUUUGCAUUACUUAAGAGGUGAGAGUUUUCAGAGUGUUAAUCCAAAUCCCCAUAUCGGAAAAAUAAGGGGUGGCAGCGAUCAGGAGGCCGAUGGGUCGUUCCCAGUUACUCAUCCUAUUCCUAUAGAUGAUGGCAUGGUGGGCUAUGAGCUUUGAGAAUGGUAACCAUUCACUUUUCGAGUCGGGUCAUGUUCUUUUUCACAUUCUUUCUCCUAAGAUUUUCAUUGACAUUUGACAAUCGUAUCACUUCUUUCUGUUGUAUUAACUUCUGGAUAUCGUAAUCAAAUUAUCAAAAUCCCUUCUAGGCAUUUUGUUGUAUCUCUUCUUCUUAUCUUUUCAUGUUACCCUUUUGCUCACAUUUUUUUUUGGUUUGGUAGUGCUCCAUAGAAUGAGGCCUUUCACAUGUGAAACUCUUCAUGUUUCUUCCCCCUUAAGUCAUUGAUUGAUGACACUUGCACCAUGCCCGAGUUCUGUCUUUUCUUUACGAGGUUUCUUCAUUUUUGUUUUGUCCAAGAUAACUAGUGGACAAAAGCAUAGUAAUUUUUUGUGAAAUUUGAAACAUUAUUAGCCCGUCUUUCUGAGAGCCAGGUGUAUGCAAAUAAUGAUGCUCUGCGGACUCCAGGGGGUUAGGAUAAAAACUGGCCAGGAAUUAGAAUCUAGUAGGAGCUAGACCUAUUUCCGGUCCACUGGCCUACACAAAGCUUUGUACUUCACAUUCUGGCUUGCGGAAGAUCAACUUGGUCAAUCUUUAAUAUGUCCGUAAGUUGGAUAUAUAUUGAAGAGACUCUCUUAUAAAUCCCGGAGGCCCCCAAAACCUGGAGAGAUGCUUCUUUCAGUGCAUGGUUGGCCUAUCGGGGUCUACAAAGAAGGGUAACAAUAUGGGUGGGAGCCAUAAAGGGUUAUGUUUCUAUAUCAAAAUGGUUCCCCUUUUGUUUUGUAGCUCUCUUUCUUACUCACAACGGCACAAAGAUCGGCACAGUGUUCAAAUGUGUGUGGAAAUGAUUUGUGCAGAGGAAGACAGGUGAAGGGCUCUUUCUUCAAAGAUUUGGUAACAUCCCAGGUUGCUGGUUCUCAUUUCUCAUGGGGCUAUUCGGCCAUAUCGGAUAAACCAUUUCCCGUGUUGUUAGUUUUAACUUUUAGAUCAACACACGAUAUUAGGCCAUGGCGGGAGACGACCGCACGUUUGGCCGAAAUGAGAUGAAAAUGGAUGAUCACUCUAGUUGGGUACUGUAUUUACUUACUAUUUCUAAGAGGCACAAAAUUUUUGCA